GAAUAGUUAAGUAUGCAACUGAUAAUUUUAUCCACUUAGUAUUAAAAAAUCACCCAUUCUGAUGAGCUUAUAAAGAAAACUUCGUUUGUGAAUAAUGAUAUAGUCAGUAGUAGUCAUUGAUAAGGUAGUAACACAUUAUGAGAUCCUUUUCUACUCUGCUGUAUGCGUCUUUUUGUAUUUUCUUUCUUCUAUUUCCCAACCAUUCUCAAUCAAAAACAAUCUACAAGAAAAAAUCAUCACCAAUUCUGAUUAAUUUCGGAGAUUCCAACUCGGAUACCGGUGGGGUGCUUGCUGGUACCGGUCUCCCAAUAGGUUUGCCCCAUGGUAUUACAUUUUUCAACAGGGGUACCGGCCGUUUAGGCAAUGGACGCCUAAUUAUCGAUUUCCUCUGUGAAAAUUUAAACCUCAGGCUUCUGAGCCCAUAUUUGGACUCCCUGGAACCAAAUUUCAAAAGUGGAGUCAAUUUCGCAGUCACCGGUGGCAUGACCUUACCCCAGUUUGUCCCUUUUGUUUUGGGUGUACAAGUUCGUCAGUUCGUUCGUUUCAGAAAUCGCACUCUCGAACUCAUUGCACAAGGUUCGAAAGGUCUGAUAGAUGAACAUGGCUAUCGCAAUGCGCUUUAUAUGAUUGACAUUGGACAAAAUGAUCUCUUAGUUGCUCUGUAUGCAUCAAACUUAACCGCGAAACCGGUGCUUGAAAAAAUUCCAUCAUUUCUUGCAGAAAUCAAAUUAGCAGUUCAGAAUCUUUAUAAAUAUGGAGCCAGGAAAUUUUGGAUACACAACACUGGACCAUUAGGCUGUGCGCCAAAAGAGCUUGCUCUUCAUCCUCAUAACGACACCGAUCUUGACCGGAUCGGGUGUUUUAAGGUUCAUAACGAUUUGGCAAAAGCUUUUAAUAAAGGAUUGAAGGAUAUAUGCAAGGGAUUAAGAUCAACAUAUAAGGAUGCAACCAUUGUCUAUGUUGAUAUAUAUAAAAUCAAAUACAAUCUUUUCGCAAAUUACACAAGUUAUGGUUUUACAAAACCACACAAGGCUUGUUGCGGGUAUGGUGGAGAACCAAACAACUAUAAUGUCAAAGCAACAUGUGGGCAACCUGGCUACAACAUGUGCAAGAAUGUAUCACAAGCUAUAGUGUGGGAUGGAGUUCACUACACUGAAGCUGCUAAUCAAGUAGUCGCCUCACAGAUUCUGACCACAAAGUUUUCCAUACCACAGAUAUUUCUGGAUUCAUUUUGGAGAAUUUGACUCUUUAAAUUUUGAAUCUUCUUUUCAAUUCGGUUUUGCUUAAAAGUUCCUAGUUUUCUGAGUGCCAACUUAUACGGGAAGGCACUGUGUCAAAUUUGUAAGCUCAGUAUCACCUAAUAUAGUAGUACAAUUUCGCUUCU